AUGUCUUUAGUUAUCAAAUCGCCAGCUACAAUUGGAUUAUUGAGUGGAUUGGUUUUACCACCAUUGUUAGCAAAAUUUGUCUUAGAACCUAUAUUCAUACAAAGAAAAUACGAUGAAGUCCAGAAUCUUAAAUACAAUGUUGAAUAUUUAGGGUGGCACGUUCGUGGAUUGGAAGAAGCAAGUGGGUUUAAAGAAGAUAAGUUUUAUUCCCCUUUAAGCUUGUUUCCUGAACAAAGGUUUGAUGUGUAA